AAGUUCCAUACAAUUUAAACGGUAUUUAUCGAAACCUCCUAAUCACUGUAAGGUUACAUAUAUAUUAUCGUUAUCAAAGAACUUGUAACACAAAGUUGUGUAUUGAUAGUUGAAAUUAAAAAGAACUGUUAUCACCAUUUAUGGUAGUAAGAAUCAUCCACGUAGCUAAACUAAACUUUUGUUACAAAAGAUUGAACGUCUGUAAUUUCACGCGAUACAAGAUGCCUGACAUUACCGAAGUUUCGAGUAAUAAAUGCUUUGGAGGAUGGCAAAAAGUCUAUUCGCACGAGAGCUAUGAAUUGAGAUGUAAAAUGAAUUUUGGAAUAUUUCUUCCACCCCAAGUGGAAGAAGGGCCUGUUCCUGUUAUCUACUGGUUAUCUGGUCUAACAUGUACAGAAGCAAAUUUUAUUCAAAAAGCAGGUGCACAAAAAUAUGCUUCUGAGCAUGGAGUAAUUUUAGUUGCACCUGAUACAAGUCCUCGUAAUCUUAAUAUACCUGGGGAAGAUGAUGACUGGGAUUUUGGAAGUGGUGCUGGUUUUUAUGUUGAUGCAACAAAGGAACCAUGGAAUAAAAAUUAUAGAAUGUAUAGCUAUGUUACUAAAGAAUUACUGGCUCUGAUUAAUGAAAAAUUUCCCGUUUUACCGCAUAAACAAUCUAUAAUGGGACACAGUAUGGGUGGACAUGGAGCUUUGAUAUGUGCUUUAAAAAAUCCUGGUUUGUAUAAGACUGUUUCUGCAUUUGCACCCAUAAGCAACCCAAUCUUAUGCUCAUGGGGUAAGAAAGCUUUUUCUGGUUACUUUGGUGGAACAGAAACUAAUGUUGCAUGGAAAGACUGGGAUGCUACUGAACUGGCUAAAAAGUAUAAUGGCCCUCCUUUGGAUAUUUUGGUUGAUCAGGGAAAAGAAGACGAGUUUUGGAAAGAUGGCAAACUAUUACCAGAGAAUUUGUUGGCCGUUGCAAAAGAUGCUGGAUUAUCAUUGGUUCUUAGGUUUCAAGAAGGCUACGAUCACGGGUAUUUUUUCAUAGCUACAUUUAUUGAAGAUCAUAUUAAGCAUCAUGUAAAAUACCUUAAAAGUUAAUUUAAUGUAUGUUCUUCUAUUUUUUGUAUAUUAAAAACAAAUUUUUAAUAACACUUUAUAUAAUGAAAAUAAUCAUAUUAAUGAGGGUACAAAAAUAUUUAACUCGAUUUAAAUAAACUGAUGCUAUGAAAUAUUAA